AUGUAAAAUUAGCAGUAAUAACAGCAAAAUUAGAUUUUCAACUAAAGAUCUCCUCAUUCUUUGGGAUCUCAGGUCAAGCCUUAGGGAUAGCAGAAUAGAUUUUAAGACUUCAGUCCUCUGCAGAACCCUAAUAUUGUUAAGUACAACUAUGAAUACAACAUGCAGCCCACUCUACAGCCAAAUCCAUCAGGUUUACUGAAUGUUAAUGAGUAGAUUCAAUUAUUGAACGAUUAACAACAAACAUAAAAAAUGGCUCAGUUGAAUAUUAAUAGGAUUUUGGUUGAUUAGCAAUAGCAAUAGUAGAAUAGGCUAAGAGAUGCAAUGAGUAGUGAAUCAUUGAGAGUAUAAAGAGGAGCACAUCCGAGUCUGCUUUAAUAAGAGUAAAUGUAACAGAAUCCAUCUAUGAACAAUGGAUUUUCAUCUCUUGCAUAGUUUUAACAGCAACAAGCACAAUAACAGUAGUAGUAAAAUGCUCCUAUAAAUCUUCAAAACUUAGCCUCUCCAUCGAUGAGCGCCUUGAUGUAGUAACUGUAAUAACAGCAAUAGUAAUUGAAUCCAGGACAUAAUCCUCUAUUAUUAAAUGAAUAGAUACAACAACAACAACAAAAUCCACAGUAUCUUCAAUUGAUUCUCCAACAGCAAUAAUAACUUCAAUUAAUGCAAUCUCUGAUGAAGUAAGGGACUCCAUCACAUCAAUAAAACUAAUCCUAAUCUCUACAAUAAAUCUCACAGUAAAGAAAUGUCAACCCCAACUAAUCUGUAGAUAUCACAAAUCUAAUGAAAGCUUCAGUCCCCAACCUUUUGAACCAAUAACAGCAAAUGAUGUCGCUAAGCUAGCAAAAUCCUCUUUAACAAUAGCUUCUUUUGCAAUAAUUACUCUAGCAACAGCAACUUUAGCCUUAGCUUUAGAAUCUCAACCCUACAGGAAUUAAUUAGCCUAUUAUCAAAGCAACCCCAGUUUUAAGUGAAUUGAACACCUAACUGAACACUCCAAUGGAUACAAGCAGGAUUUUAAGUUAAAUUUAAACACCAUCUCAGCUAGGUUAAUUGUCCUAGCCUGGCUAAGGCAAUGGGCUUCCUGGACAGCAUUAGCAAUUUGUUUAGAAUUAUUAGUAGAUCCAAGACAAUCUAAAUCAGUAUAGGAAAUUAGCAACAUACUUAGAGUAGAUGGAGGCCUAAAAGAAAUAAUCCAAGCAGAUUCCUCAGUAAAUGCCCCCUUAGCAGUAAGUCUAGAUGUAAUAAAAUCUAGCUAGUCAACAAUAAAUUUAAUAGAAUUAAUUACUCUUGACCUAAUAGUUGCAAUAACAAUAGUAGUUAUAGCAAUAGCAAAAUAUAUAGUAGCAGAGCAUUGCUUAGGGUAGUGAGUUAUUUGAUCAAUCUAGAAUAAUAGAUGAAAGAAAUGUAUCAAACUCUCGACUUGGUUAGCAUGAAAGCGUUUAAACUAGAUAAAAUCCUUAACAACAGCAAUAAUACAAUAUAGCUUAGCAUAACUACAAUCAGUAGUAAUAGUAGAUUUAACAGUAGCAUAAUCAAAAUUAUGAUCAACAUUAGCAGUAGUAGUAACAGAGAUAGAUCUAGCAGAAGAUAUCUCAGCCACUUACAAAUAACUAGCAGUAAUAAAACGAGACAAUCACAUGGCCAUCUCAUGGGAAGAAUAACAAUUCGGAUAUAGUCUCAAAUCAUGAAAAGAGCUUUGCUUCACCUUCAAGCAACGGUCAAGGCUAGAGUUUUUAGAAGGUUUCAAUUGAUAAUAUUGAUCCAGUAAUUGUUAAGUAGAUAGAUAGCAGAUAGAAUCAAACACUGGCCUAGCAAUAAUCCUAUGUAUCUGAGCUAGAGUAUGAAUCCAAAUUCAUAGACUGCGAAUUCGAUAACAGAGGUCUUAGAAUUGAAGGUACAGUUAGAAAUAUCUAGCCAAGUGAUCAAGCUAUUAACUUCAAUCAGAGUAAUUAACAAAAUCAGCAGCAUUUUUACAACAUUGACUCAGCGCAAUCAGACACAAAUAGAAGUGGAAUAUAAUAAGAGGAUGAGAUUGCAUCUCUGCAUAAUUAAUCCUAAAUCUCUGCAACAAGAGCAAAUAUGAUGAAUAGAACUAUGAGUGAUCCUAAAUUAAGAUCACAGGAAAAGACAAUUAAUAAUGAGGAAUUAAACCCUACUAAGAUCAUAGAUGAAAAACCUGUUGCAAACAAUUAAUUGACUUUCGAGCAACUCCUUGAGAGUAAACUGCUUGAGUAGAAUAUAGACGAAGGCCAAAAGAAAUAUAAUUCGAAUCAUAACAGUGGUCAUAAAAGAGAGUUUUUAAGAAAGAAUUCUAACAUUAGAACAGCUAACAUUGAGAGUCAGAAAUCUUCGAGCAAAUCAUACAAGUAUUAUGCUGAUAAUUUUGCUAAUUAAUAGGCAGAUAGUCAAAGCAGCACUGUAUUAAAGUAAAACUAGUCUCCAAGAGUCCAGACUGAAUUACCGCUUAAAAGAAAUAUGACUCAUAAUGAAUCUUUAAGUCUAUCAAAUAAGAAGUCAGUGUAAAAUUCAAUCACAAAGUCAAACAAGAAAUCAAGAUAGUUGUCAAAUAUGCAUUCUCCUAACGGAAGUCAUCAUAAUAUUAAUAGACCAAAUUCAUAGUAAAAAACUAAUGAACACCAAAAUUCAGCCAAAUCGGUUAGAUCUGUUCAAAAGAAGCAAAGUAAUUAAAAUACUACAACAGGAAAUAGCGCUUCAAAAUCUGGUCAGCCCUCAGCGGAUCAAUCAAUUAUUACAAGCAAUAAGAAGUCUAAUAAGCAAAUUGACAAAAGUAUGAAAGGAUAAGAUCUGAGUAAAAAAUUAGAUCCUAAAAAUGAAUUAACUGACAAUCUCUUGAGCAUUGAUGAUCAUUAGAUAGUUCUAUCAAGCAGAAAUAGCAUCGCUGAAUUUGAGCAACUCGAGUAGGAAUGCAUUGCAAAAUACCUUUAAAAUCAAUCUCAUUAAGUAAUUGAUCCUGGAAUGCUUGAUAAGGAGAGUUCAUUCAAUGAUACUUAAUCAACCUAAUAAAAAAAGAGAUAACCCAUGAUUAAUAAAAACAAAAAGGAUGAUAAAAAGACCCCUAUCAAGUAUCAAUAGCAGUAAGUUUAGCAACCAUAAUCUGAGAAUAAGCCCAAAGAUUAUAUAGAAGUCAUUGAAACUCCAAAGAAGUCAAAUGACUCAAGGGCAUAAGUUGCCAAUUAAGAGUCUUAGAAAAAGGUAGAUUAGAAGUUACAAGAACUCGAAAGUGAGAUUUAAAAGUUUAAAAUUGAAAAGGCAAAAGUCACUGCAUUAUAAUAGGAAUACGAAGAUUAAUUAGAGAGAGUUACUAGAGAGAUUGAAGACUUUGAGAAUAGAAAAGAACUUGAGGUUGAGGAGAUCUAAAAUUGGAAAAACGAAUAAUUAAGUGAGAUCAAAGAGGAAAGACUUAAGAUUGAGGCUGAGAAACUGGAGCUAGUGACAUACAAAGAUGAACUUAUUCAACAAAAAAUAAGAUUUGAAGAGGAAUUUGCUAAAGAAAGUGAAAGACUGAUGUAUUAGAUAAGAUGUUUGGAAGCUGACAACGACGAGCUCAAGCAGAAAUUGGCAGAAUACACUGAUAAGGAAAAUUACAGCUUAGCUAUUUAAACUGAUCCCAUAAUUGUUAAAGAGGCUAGCAUUAGCUCUGUCAUGAAAGGAGAGUUCUAAAUUGUUAAAGAUAAAAAAGAUAAAGGUGUCAGCCCACUGAAAGGCAUCCUCAAGAAUUCAGCUACAAGCCCUAGAGUUAUAUAAGUAGAUGAACCAAUACUAACAAUACAGAGUGCUUUAGUAACAGAAAAUAUAAUAGAAGAUGUGCCUGCUAAAUAUAGAACUCAUUAGUCAUUCUAAGAUACAAUGAACAGAGAAUAGCUCUCAUAGAUUAAUUAAGCAGAUCAAGAUGCCUCCGCAAACAUGAAUGUUGACUAGGAUCAUUAAUCUCAAUUCGAUGAUUAAACUGAUCUAUCACAUUAUUAAAAAAAUCUAGAUUCAACCUAAUCUCCUAAAGGUGAAGAUGAUGAUAUCUCUACCUAAAAAGCUUCUACUAAGGAUUCAAAGAGCACUGAAGCUUAAAAUCAAGCAUAACCAUAACAAUAUCAAAAAGUUAAAGAAAACAAAUAGAAGUAGCAACUUCAAUACUCAGAGCCACCAAAAGUACAAUAAAACAUUAAGAAGGAGGAUGUCCAAGAUGAGGAUGAAGACGAUUCAGAAGAAGAUGAGUUUGAUUUAAGAUUCCCCUCUGAGUAUCAUGGAAAACAGCUUAAUUCCCCAAAGCUAGUUGAUGAGGUCACAUCUCAUGACGGCAAGAAACAGAGAUUCUUUGAAAAUGGAAAGAAAGAAGUAGUAUUCAGCAAUGGUGUCAGGAGAGAAGUAUGGCCAACAGGAUACUCAAUAGUUUAUUUUACCAAUAAUGAUAUCAAGCAAACCUUCCCAGAUUAAAAAGUAGUUUAUUAUUUUGCAGAGGCCAAAACUACUCAGACUACUUUUCCCAAUGGUCUCUAGGUAUUUAAAUUCUCAAACAAUCAGAUUGAAAAGCACUUCUAAGAUGGAACCAAAGAGAUAUCAUUCCCUGAUGGAACUAUUAAAUGUCUAUUCCCAGAUGGUGAAGAGGAGAGUAUUUUCCCUGAUGGAACUGUUCAGAAAAUUUAGAAGUCAGGUGUCAGAAUCAUCGAAUUCCCAAAUGGCCAAAGAGACGUAUUAUAUCCAGACGGCACCAAAGUGAGAGAGUUUGAAGAUGGCUCAAUUAAGAAGAUCCACUCUGAUGGCAGAGUUGAAAUGAUUUAGAACUCCAAAAAGAAGGUAGCUGUUUCAGGCCAAUCUAAAAAUCUUAACAAAUUUUUUGCUCGUAGAUUUAAAAGUGCUACCACUGGUUCCUUAGUCAGAUCUGAUCUCCCCCAAAACAUCACAAGGGUAGCCCAGAGUUAAGACCACUACUACGAGUUGAAUGAAUAUCAACCAAACUCCUUGAAAUAAUAUUUCGGCGAAGAUGCUCUCCUAUUCCCAGUAGAAACCAUUAUCUAGCAGAGAAACUUCCUCAAGGUAGUAGAUACAUUGGAGAAGUUCGAGGAGGGCAUGCUUGAUAGAAGUUCUGAGUAGGCUCGUGAGUUUGUUGUAUUCAAGAAAUAACUCUACAAGUUGUAUGAGAUCAAAAACAGAUCAAUUACAGAGCACGAACUGUUCUCAUUCAGAGUCGAAAGAGAGAACCUCAAAUGGCUCUACAGAGCUAACCUCGGAUUCCUUGAGGAGCUUGCAAAAGAGGAUGCAAUUGAGCAUGCAGCUGACUCUAAAAAUUUAAAGGGUGCAGUCUACAGAAGAAAAUUAUUGAAUCCAAGCAGACUAAAGGGAGUUGGUGCUUUAGCUACUUCCUUAGGCAUCUAUUCAUAUCUUCCCUACUUGGCAGUAUAUGUAGGAUCUACCUUGCCAGUUUUCACUGCAUGCGCUGCUGGUAUUUACGGUCUAUUAGUAUUCGGAGAGUCAAAUGUCAUCAAUAAACUAAAUAUUGUCCAUGAAGGGGACCAUGCUGGCAAAGUCCGUAUCAAUAUUGGAAUCACUGCCUUUUCUAGCAAAAACAUUCUAGUUGAUGUUAGAGAUAUUAAGUCAGUCCUCUCCCUUGCUGAUAAUGACCUAGGCAGAGAUAACCUAGAUGCUAACAUGGUUACUGUAUCCAAACAUUUCGAUGAGCAUGAAGGAAGAGUUGUUGAAGAAGAAACCAUUCUUUAACUCCCUGCUGAUGCCUUUAGAGAUAGAACCUUCUUAGACUGGAUUCUUUCACCAAAGGAGGAAGAAAGUGGACUAGCUCUUGAGUACCACAACCUUAUCCAUCAAAGAUUCAUUGAAGGAAAUGAUAUAUAAAUUAAUGCCCUUACUUCUUACAAUGUCCCAGCCCAGACCAAGCUUGGAGGUGGUGUAGAAGAUGAAUUAUUGGAUCAAAAAAUUGAAAACAACGAGGAGAUGGUAGAUGAAAAACUCAGAGAGCUUUAGCAAAUCUAUGGGUAAGAAUACUUACAAAGCUUAGAAGAUGUUGAACUCUACAAACUCUAUAAAAAGCAUGCUUGA